UGUAACCACUACCUGCCCACCCGCCAAUCCCGAAGGGGCCCCCGCGCGGGUCCCGCCCCCGCUCCAGCCCGGCCGGCGGCGGGGCGGGCAGGCGGCUGCAGCCCGAGCCGGGGCACUGGGUCCGGCUGCGCUCGGCGCCGGGGCUCGGAGAGCAGCGCUGGGUCCCCCAGGAGGACAGAGCCGAGGAUGAACCAGCCGGGACUGUGCGCCCGUCAGCGCUGGAGGCCGGAGAGCUGAGCUGUGGGAUCCGGGAGGGAGCGUCGUCCCGCCCAGCUCCAAGAUGUCCUGUUUUGGGGAACAUUUCUGGGGAGAGAAGAACCAGGGCUUCGACGUGCUCUACCACAACAUGAAGCACGGGCAGGUCUCCACCAAGGAACUGGCCGACUUCGUCCGCGAGAGGGCCACCGUGGAGGAGACUUACGGCAAGUCCAUGGCCAAGCUGGCCAAGAUGGCCACCAACGGCACGCAGCUCGGGACGUUCGCGCCGCUCUGGGAGGUGUUCCGGGUCUCCUCCGACAAGCUGGCGCUCUGCCACCUGGAGCUGGUGAAGAAGCUGCAGGACCUGCUGAAGGAGAUCGCCCGCUACGGGGAGGAGCAGGGCAAGGCGCACAAGAAGUCCAAGGAGGAGGUGUCGGGGACCCUGGAGGCCAUCCAGCUGCUGCAGGGCGUCGCCCAGCUGGUGCCCAAGUCCAAGGAGAAUUAUCAGAGCAAGUGCCUGGAGGCCGAGCGCCUGCGCCGGGAGGGAACCAACCAGAAGGAGCUUGACAAGGCUGAGCGGAAGUCGAAGAAAGCGGCUGAGGCCCUGCGCCGCGCAGUGGAGAAGUACAACAUCGCCCGGGCCGACUUUGAGCAGAGGAUGCUGGACUCGGCCGUGGUAAGUGAGGAGGUGGGUGCGGGGGCAAGGACACGGUGGGGGGGGGGGCAGGGGCAGCCAUUGGAGGCUCCCCCCCCCCCCCAGGUGCACGAGGAAUUCAAGCAGAACGUGGAGAACAUCGGCAUUGAGACGCUGCUGCAGAGAUUCGCCGAGAGCAAGGGCACCGGGCGCGAGAGGCCGGGUGUGCUGGAUUUCGACGAGUGCAGAACAGCCCCAGUGCAGGAAGGGCCCAAGAGAAGCCUCAGCAAAGCCUUCCGCAUCCCCGGACUGAGCCGGAGAGACCGAGAGCGAGACGCUGUGGAGUCCCCAGACACCGACUUGACCUGCCCAGAUGUGGACGAGGAGGGAUUCACUGUACGGCCUGACCUCAACCAGAGCAGUAUCCUUGGGGCUGGCAGGGCCCAGCUGGGGGGUGGGAGGGCCCUGGUGACCCCCGCCCCCCUUGUUCUCUCGCAGGGCACAGUGAAGAGACAGGUCUGCAGGCACUUACCGGUAGCGACGACCGUCACGGUGAAUGUGGACUCUGACGUGGCCCUGGGUACAGGUGAGGAGCCCGGGAAGCCGCAGCCUCCCCACCCCGCCGCGUGGACUCCCAGCUGCGCAGGGAAGCCCCGGCCGGACGCAGUCCCUUCCGCAGCCCUGUUUGGGCCCCCGCUGGAGUCGGCCUUCGAAGCGGAGGAUUUCCCAGCGUCCCGAGCCUGCGGCCUGGGCUCCAGCCCGUCUCCCUUCUCCUCCUCGUCUCCAGAGAACGUGGAAGACUCGGGGCUGGACUCCCCCUUGCACCCCCCCACGGGCCCCUCGCCGGACUCCAGGCCCUGGACGCCACAGAGCCCCCUCGCCAGACGGCCCGCCAAGGGCUCCCCGCGGCUCCAAGAGGAGCGGGGCGUCCUGCCCCCCACGACGGCCGCCUCGGAGGAGCAGAGCGCCUGGCUGCCCCCGCCCGCCAGCCCCACCGGGUGGCCCCAGGACACCCCCUGCUUUGCCGCCUUCGGAGAGGACUCGGGGGCGGGGUCUCAGCACGACUCCCGUUGCCCCAGCACCACGGCCCCUUCGCCCGACCCCUCCGGGGACCCCGAGGCCUGGGCGGCCAGGCCUCCGAGUCCCGGCUCGGAGGAGGCCCUGCAGCCCUGCAAGCAUGGGGCCUGCCCCCCCUCCCACUCCUCGGCCUCUCCGGUGCCCCACAGCUGCAGGGAGCCCUCCGGCCCCUCCCCGUGGACUCCCCAGGGGCCCGGCCCCAGGCUGUCAGACAGCAGCACGCCGGCGGCUGAGCCCGAUCCUCCCCCUGCCCCCACUCUGCCCAGCGCCGCCCCCAAGGUGGCCCCCCCGCGGCGAUCCAGGACGAAGAGGCUAUCGACGGGGCAGGCCGCCUGCAGCCACAGUGACCCGUCCCGCUCCCUGUGCCCCUCUCCCCUGUGGAAUUCUGGCCCUUCCCACUCAGCUCCGGCCAGCCUGGGCGAGCGCAGCUUCUUCACGGUCUCGCAGCCGGCGCUCGGGCUCUCCCGAGGCCCCAGCCCCGUGGUGCUGGGAUCCCAGGAUGCACUUCCCGUGGCAACCGCCUUCACCGAGUACAUCCAUGCCUACUUCAAGGGUCAGGACCCUGACAGCUGUCUGGUGAAGAUCACGGGCGAGCUCACCAUGUCCUUCCCCGCCGGCAUCGUCCGCGUCUUCAGCGGGAGCCCGUCCCCGCCCGUCCUGAGCUUCCGUCUGCUCAACACGGCACCCAUCGAGCAGUUCCUGCCCAGCGCCGAGCUACUGUACAGUGACCCAUCCCAGAGUGACCCCAGCACCAAGGACUUCUGGCUGAACAUGCCGGCGCUGACCGGGCACCUGCAGAAGCAGGCAGAGCAGGCCCCGGCCGCCUCCUACUACAACGUGGCCCUUCUCAAGUACCAGUUCUCCAAGCUGGGCCCGAGCGCGGCCCCCCUGCAGCUGGCCGUGCGCUGGGACUGCACCGCGGCCACCACCCAGGUCAGCGUGGAGUACGGGUACAACGCCGGUGCCAUGCCCGCGCCCAGGCCCCUCACCAACGUCCAGGUGCUGCUGCCCGUGGAGGAGCCGGUCGCCAAUGUGCGGCUGCAGCCUGCGGCCAGCUGGAACCUGGAGGAGAAGCGGUUGUUGUGGAGGCUGCUGGACGUUCCUGGGGCCCCAGAUCGUGGCGGCUGCGGCCGCCUCUCUGCCAGCUGGGAGCCCCUCUACGGCCCCAGCAAACCCAGCCCCGUGGCGGCCCAGUUCACCAGCGAAGGCAGCACCCUGUCGGGCGUGGAGGUGGAGCUGGCGGGCAACGGGUACAGGAUGUCGCUGGUGAAGAAGAGAUUCGCCACAGGCAUUUAUCUGGCUGGCUCCUGACUGGCUGCCCUCGUCCCCCUAUUCAUGGCUGGUUUUAAAGCCCCAGUGGCCGUUGGCUUGUUCAGCCUCUUGUUGCCCCCGGGGGUUUCUCUGCUGUUGGAUUUUUAAACACUGGAACAAAGUCAGAUCUGGGGGGAGGGGAGUGGGGGUCCGGCCCCUGGCCCGUGAGAGGAGCGAUGGUGCUGGGCUGGGGUCCAGCCCCUGGACGGGACGAGCGGCUGAGUUGCACUGGACAGAGAACAGCCCUGCUCCCUGUUUGCCUAACUCCUCCCCUGCCCCCCACUGGCCAAGCUGGGGUCUCCGUGCUGUCCCCGGGUCGCCCCCUGGCGAUGGAACAGAGCCGUCCACUCUCCCAGCUGCUGUACGGGGGUGGGGGGAGGAGGGGAAGCUGGGGGGGGUCGUCACCCUUUUAAUAAAC